AAACCCGUCACACAAUGAAAAGAUUACACAUUGCACGUCUCAUAUUCUCAUAACGUAUGCAAAGAACAUACCAUCUAAUACCACCUACUCAUGCCAAAUAAAGGAGUACAGGAUACAGCACCGAAAGGUAAAAAAUAUUGUGCCAAAAUUAGCGACUUACCUAUAACGAGGAGAUUUUUAUUUGAUGGUAACUUGUUGUUCCCACUAUUUUGUACUUCUGCUAAAAUAGAGGACCUGCAAAUAACAAGUGCAAAAAUGAUAAAUCAAGGCAUCGUGACACCUUUUUUCAGUGAUUGUCUGACACAUGAGAUCAUAGUACAACGUCCAACAAACUGCGAGAAACAAGAUAACUAAAAUAGACGAAUGAAGAAGUGUUUAAAAUAAUUUUCAAAAGUUACCAUAAGUUGUCUUUAUUUUCUGUGUCUUCUUUCUUUUUUAUGUGAGACCCACUUCUCGGCAACAUUGUGUCUAUGACCAUCGCUGCCAUUGUACAUUUGACAGGCAGUGAAGGGAGAAGUGCGCCACUUUCGAAUCAGUCUUAGGUCGAAGAAUCGAGAAAAUCGAUAAGGCGUGGUUUGCAAACUUCAGUCUGUUCCAUAAUUUCAAAGAAGUUUACAGCUAUGAAAACAAUUUUAUGAUUAAUUAUCCAUUAUUCGAUCAUAUCUCAUCAAUAUUAAUGUCAUGAUAUUUAUUUACAUCACUGGUUGAGCAUUGUAAACCGGUUUGACUGUUGACGCUGUUGACCCUUUUGACAAUUGGCUGUUGUCAUCAAAACAAAUAUGGUGGGGGUUUUAAAUGAUUCUGACAGUGAUGAUGAAUUACCUCCCGGCUGGGAAGAACGAGCCACAAUUGAUGGAAAUGUUUAUUAUGUGAAUCACUUUACAAAAGGAACUCAGUGGACUCAUCCACGAACCGGUCGCAAAAAACUAGUGGAAGGAGAAUUGCCUAAUGGUUGGGAGAAAUGUGUUUCUGACAACGGUAAAGUAUUGUUCGUCGAUCACGCUCAUCGUACGACAACUUACACAGAUCCUAGAUUAGCUUUUGCAACAGAAUAUAGAGAAAUGUCUCAACCUGUUAGACAAAGAUUUGAUGGGAGUAGUACUGCCCUUGCAGUACUUCAUGGUCGAGAUUUGAGGGGAAAGGUAGCAUUGGUUACAGGAGCCAAUACCGGAAUAGGAUUUGAAACAGCCAGAUCUUUGGCGCUACAUGGAUGCAGAGUAGUUCUGGCUUGCAGAGAUAUCGAAAAAGCACAAAAAGCUGCGAGAAAAAUAGAAGCAGAGAGAGAAAAUGUAUCUUGCGAUGUUUUACAUUUGGAUUUGUGUUCUUUGCGGCAGGUUCAAAUUGCUGCUGAAUCAUUCAAGCAAAAAUACAAAAAUCUUCACAUCCUUAUACUAAACGCUGGAGUCUUUCAGCUCCCUUAUUCUCUGACAGAAGACGGUUACGAAAUGACAUUCCAAGUCAAUCAUUUGGCUCAAUUCUACUUUACUUUGUUACUAGAGGAGCCAAUACACCACUGCAAUAAUGCGAGAGUUGUUAUUCUUUCCAGUGAAUCACAUAGAUUUUCGUCAAUACGAAUACCUGAUGAUUUAGAUCCUUCGAAAUUGUCUCCACCAGCAUAUAAAUACUGGAAAUGGUCUGCCUACAAUGAUUCAAAACUGUGCAAUGUGUUAUUCGCACAAGAAUUGGCCAGGCGUUGGCGAACUAUAAGUGUUUUUAGUUGUCAUCCGGGGAAUAUGGUGUCUUCGAAUCUUGCUCGACAAUCUUGGUUUUUCCGAUUAUUGUUCGCAAUAGUGCGACCUUUUACAAAAUCGCUGCAACAAGCGGCAAGUACGUCUGUAUUUUGCGCAACAGCUCCCGAAUUGGAGGGAGCAACAGGAAUAUAUUUUAAUAAUUGUUACCGAUGUGACUCUUCUCGAGAGUCUUUGGACCCUGAUUUAGCAGGAACCCUGUGGAGUAUCAGUCAAGAACUGAUAAGGAACGUUCUAAAAAAUGAUAAACUGUGGUAUGAGGUAGCGGAAAAGAGAUAGCUAAUUUAUUCAGCACGAAUAUCGUGAAAUAAACGUGAAAUAAAUCAAAACUCUGUCAAGUUUA